AUGAGGAAGAUGACAAAGAAACGUUGUGUGUGGUUUUAUGUUGUUUAUGAUAAUCCAGACGUCCACCCCACUAUUAGUGAAGAAGAACGUUCGUACUUAAAAAAGACAAUAAAAUGUGAAAAUGCAGUUAAAAAUGUACCGUGGAAACGGCUAUUCUUAUCACCGGCUGUCUGGGCAAUAAACUUUGGUUUGUUUGCAUAUUCCUGGACGAAUAUAUCUUUCAUGGUGUUGCUGCCUUUAUAUAUGAAAGAAGCCUUAAACGUUGAUACAACGUCCAACGGUUUAAUGUCGUCUGCUCCUUCAGUUGGACAAAUCAUUGCUUUUCCGUUAUGUGGAAGAUUUGCAGAUUUUUUACGUUCAAAAAAAUAUCUCUCAACGCGUUCUGUUCGAAUUUUAUUCCAGACUUUUUCCAUGGUGGCUUCAGCAAGUUUAUUGAUUGUCAUAGGAUUUCUCAGAUGUGACAAAACCGUUGUAAUAACUCUGCUUUUGUUUCUCAGUGGAAUAACUCUAUCCUUUUCCAGUGGUGGUGUUAUUGUCAACAAUAAUGACAUCGCUCCAAGUUAUGCUGGUAUUGUAUUUGGAAUUGCAAACACUUUUGUCUCAACGGCAGGUUGCCUUAGUUCCAUGGCUGCAAAAGCUCUCACCCCAAACGGUACGCAAGAAGAAUGGCAGAUCGUGUUUGCCUUGUGUGCUGCUAUAUGUGUAUCUGGUGCGAUAUUAUUUGCAAUAUUGGUAAAAACAGAGGUCCAAGACUGGGCAAACUGGAGGAGAUCUAGCUCCUCUGUUCAUCCCAGCGACACAGCUAUUAGUAAAAUAGCUUAACUACGUCACUGAAUAUUUUUGUCAUAUUGCAAAUGGCAUCAAUAUUGUCAUGUAGUAGUCCAUAGGUAUGUGUUAU